ACUAUCGACAAUGAAAAGAGUUGUGGAAGGUGUUUUGGAAAAGCACAGAUACGCGUACAAUGGAAUGAUCAAUAAAUUAUCAAUGAAUGACAGAGGGGAUGCAAGUUUUGUCAGCUCAGUUGCCAGGAGCCUUUUUGGAGACGGGACCACAAACUGGGGCCGGGUCGCCAGCCUGGUGGCCUUCGGGGCAGUGGCGUCUCAGUACCUGAAGGAGAAGGGCAGGGGCCACUGUGUGGAGCAGGUGGGACAGGAGCUCUCUACCUACCUGCUGACAGAGCAGAGGGACUGGCUGCUCAACAACAACUCCUGGGUGAGUUAACAACUCAUGUUUGAAUGAC